GUCCUUACAAGAAUUUGGCAAAAUGAUCCAAGUCCUAAUCAUGGACUUGGAUCAAAAAUCAUAAAUCAAAAUUAAUAUUUGGACUUAGUUCUUUUUGUUGUUUCCCAAUAUCUCAGUAAAUAUUCAUCAUUGGUCUAAAAUGAAAAUAGCUAAAAUGACGUGCGUCAAAAUUUCACGUAGGAAAAAACCAUAACCUCAAUUUUGAUAAAAGUGGACUUGGACCCUCUCAGGUACAGAGUCAUAUUUUAAUGAUUCCGUGUUGUGUUCAUGAACAAAAUUUAUUGCAAUAAUAUUUUUUUGGAAUAAUUAGGAUUUGCAUAUCUGCACGUCGUCCGUACAAUACUAACUACUAACUUGUGACUACUCAACAAGUGGCUGUUGCAGAAUUCUGAACAGAGAGCAGCUUGCUAUUUGACUUUGCACUGCGAGCGUCCGAUGUUGUGAUGUUCAUGAUUUUGUUGUAAAAUAAAACAAAUAAUUUUUGAUAAUAUUGAGAAUUUCAAUUUGGGAGGUCCAAGGAAUAGGCGUACCUACCGACAUUACGAUUUAGUAAUGUAAAAGUGUUUACCUAAAAUGGAAGUUGAUAUGAAUAAUUUACAUGCCCCAAGAACGAUCGAAUAUACUACGGAUGGUUGUGCUGUACCAGGAUGCAUAUCAAAUACCGAUUUAGUAGAGGAUGAAAAUAUCAGCUUAUUCCAACCUUCAAUAGAAAAUGUAAAUGAAUGGAGCUCGUCGUUAAAUUUGAAUUUAACUGUAAACAGUUAUGUUUGUGACAGACAUUUUAGACCCGAACAUCUUCUAUAUCCAGAGGUAUUCGUAAAUGGUUCAAUGAAAGUAAUAAAAUGCAGAUUAAAUUCGGCUUUGCCAAUAGCAAUGGAUGCUGAGGAGUAGUAUUGUACAAUCAGACCCUCCUCUGCUGUCGGUUCAAACUGGAAAAAAAUUAAAAUUAAAUGUGUAAUGAUGUUUUUAAGCGCUUAUUUUAAUGAUUUUAAAUGCCAUAACUCCCAAGCCCUGGUUAUAACUAUAAUAAAAUUAAUACUACUUUAUUACUUAUAUCAUUAAGUUAAGAUUGGCAUAUCAAAUGAGUAGAUAAGAUUUGACUUGCCGCUAACAUGAUUUAUACACAUAUAUUUAUAUUUUAUUAUUAUUUUUUUUUAUUUUCAAUAUUACAUCUAUAUACAUUUAAUAAACUAUUUAUACCAUAUGAUGAACAAUAUAUAAUGUUAUAUUUCACAUAAUAUACAGUGGUGCUGAGUUCAGUUAAAAA